GUGAUGCAUGAUGUGAAGUGGCAAUGGGCACACCAACCGACACCUCUUUCCUUUUCUGACUCCAAACUCCAAUCCAUAGGAUAUAAAAUAUCAUCUCUUCUAUUUGUUAUUCUUUCUUUAUACUAUCAAGAAAAUCAAACAGUCAUAGGCUUCCACUUCAAACCCACCACCGAACUGAUAGUCUCUCCUAACAUAAUCCAUAAUUUUUGUUUUCUACACUUUCAAGAACUGGAGUGAAGAAAUUUUUCUGGUACACAUGGUAAUCUAUGGCUAGCAUAGCAACUGCCGAAGCUUGCGAUUCAAAUACUGUGCUUUUGGCGAGUGGCGACUUGCGAGCUUUACAACCGAUUUUCAAGAUAUACGGCCAGAGCCGAUCAUUUGCAGGCCCCAUUGUCACUCUUAAGGUUUUUGAGGACAAUGUGUUGGUUAGGGAGAUUCUAGAAACUAGAGGCGAAGGAAGAGUUCUAGUUAUAGAUGGUGGUGGAAGCAUGAGAUGUGCUCUGGUUGGAGGGAAUUUAGGACAAUUAGCUCAAAAUAUGGGAUGGGCUGGAAUUGUAGUGAAUGGAUGCAUCAGAGAUGUAGAUGAGAUUAAUGGAUGUGAUAUUGGUGUAAGAGCAUUGGCAUCACAUCCUACGAAAUCCAACAAGAAAGGCAUCGGUGAGAAGCAUGUACCUGUGAACAUUGCCGGAACUCUCAUUCACGACGGGGAAUGGUUGUAUGCGGAUAGUGAUGGCAUUCUUAUCUCAAAAUCUGAGCUCUCUAUUUGAACAGGCACCUUAAUGUGCCUCGAACUUCAUGUUGCUCGUCUCAUAAGAGGUUAGGAUCCUGACCGCACACACAUAAUUUCGAGUUUUUUGUACCGAGGAAAAGGAAGCAUUGCUUACAUCAAACAAUAGAUGGCUGAUAUAAAUGUUUUUUUUGCCUGGAAUUAACUGGAUUCAUAUUUCAAUAAUGGUGGUCAAACAAGUUAGCUCUUGAAUUAUUUACCAGUUGUAUACUACUAUUUCAGAUUUGGUCAUGAAAAUGUAAUAUUUUAGAUGGUAUUUUGAUUCAAAAACAAGUAUAUUGUUAAUGUUUAGACAUAGAUGUACUGCAGUUCAACUCCAAAAGCAUGGUUUUAGAAUUCA